AUGCCGGUGCUCGAGUGGUUGCCUUCGUAUCGCCCGCGUAUACACUUGGCACACGACGUGACGACGGCGGUCGUCUUGGCGUGCUUGAUCCUGCCCGAAGACAUGGUCUUGGCGAGUACGCUCCAUGUCCCUGUCCAAACUAGCGUCGUCAUGAGCGUCGCGGUGCCCCUGCUCUACGCGCUCUUUGGUUCGUCGCGUUUUCUGUGCUUUGGUACGGAAGAGACAUCGUCGUUUGCGCCGUGGAUCCGCACGACCUACGACUCCGAUGUCCAUCGACAAGCCGUGGGCCUUGUCCUCACGAGUCUCACGGGAGUGCUCUUGGUGGGCAUGGGCGCCACCAAGUUGCAUCGCUGGAUCUAUCUGUCUCGCGUCGCCGGCGGAGGGCUUCUCGCGGGUGCUGUCCUCAGCAUUGCGACGGGCGAGAUCACAGUCCUGCUUCAACCAGCGAUGACACCACUCGUCGCACCGUCGCCGUCGUCGAACCAAGUGUUCUUCUUGCCUCUCGCUGCGAUCCUGCUAGCCGCGCUUCCGUUCUUACGGACAUACACGCCGGGGUGGGAUGCAUCUCGUCGCGCCGCCAGCGUGUGUCGCUUGCCACCCAAGACGCAACCCCGUCGGAGCAGCCUCACAAUCAAAGUCGCGGCGCCCAAGUCUCGAGCGACUAGCACCCUACACCUCCCCAACAGACUCUUCCUUGGCCUAUGUCUAUGUGGCAUUGCAGUGCAUGUCAUCUCUGCCGACGACUCGGAGCUCCACGUUCUCGAGAGAGCGCUCACUGCGCGCUUGGACGAGCCAAUAAUGGGCGUACGCCACGCCUUUGGAUACGUCAUCGAGCUUGUUGGGUCGAGCCUCGCCGCCGCUUUUCAGCUCGGUUUCAACGUCGUCCUCAGCGCCCUCUCCAUCUACCUCUCUGCGGCUGCCUUGAUCCAGCACGCAGGCCGUGCAACGACCAAGGAAACGAGCGACGCAGCGUUCGGGGAGCUCCGCAUGCACAAGGAAAUCGUCGCGUACGGCCUUGUGUGCCUUGGCAGCUUGGGGUUUACGCCGCUGUUUCCACCAAUCGCGUGCUUCGCCCGCUCGGCGCUCGUGCUCAAGUGUGCUCGGACCCAGGUGGCGUCGAUGCUUGCGGCCGCCCUCGUGGGUCUCUGCGCCUAUUGCAACCUGUAUGCGUACAUCCUCGUCCCAGCCCCGGUCCGCGCUGCCAUCUUUCUCGCGGCGUUGCCGACGAUUUGUGAUGUGACCGAGCUCCGAACGCUGCUGCGACUCGGCCUCUACGGCGAUGCUAUGGUCUGGACAGCGGGCUGCGCUGCUUCCGCGCUAUGCGGCGUCUAUUAUGGAAGCUUGACAGCGUACACGUUGAGCAUCAUUCACCAACGUUGGCAGCCCGCGGUUGUUUCCGUCGAGGCCAUCGUUGCCGCGCCGCCUCCCUCAGCGACAGAGACAUCGCAGCUGUACAAGGUAUUCCUCCACGCCAAGGCCCUCUGCUUCUCGAACUGGGAGCGUGUCGAGCAUGUCAUCGAUCACGUUUUGGACGCCCCAGGAGUUGAGACUCAUGGCCUGGUGCUCGACGUUAGCCAGCUCGUAGACAUGCACUGGGACGACGAAUGCAUUCGACGCAUCGAUACGUGGGAGCGGCGCUUGCACAUGCUCGGGUGUUGCGUCGCCGUUGCCGGCUCCACAAAAGCGUUCGAGAGCGCGCUCGAGCGCGCUGGCAUCUUGCACCGACUGGCUGGAGGUCGCACGUGCCAUGGCUGCGUCGAUGCUGCCAGCGCCAUCAGCCUCCACGCGUAGGUGGCUUCCAUCCGCUUCCUCGGACAGAUCCCUAUCGCUGCCUGUCGUCCAAGGACCGCAUGCGCUCCCGUGACCGUUGAUUGGCGGAUCGUUUACUCAACAAUGGGUCGAAAUUAGGUAUUUUAGGCAAAAACUGGGAAUUUGAGACUCGACGAUAAAAACACCCAACUUGUAGCCGACCUG